GUAUGGAGACUGGAAAUUUCAGGGUUCCCAUCUGCGGAGAAAUACGCGAAAUCCAUCUCCAAAUCGCCUGCCCUGCGCGUCAACAAUGUCGAAGAGACGCAUGUAUGUUCACAAGCAAUAAGGAAACUGACGAUACAUUACUUUCAAGAACAACCCAUGCAGACAUACCUCGUUCCAGCGCGGCCGUAUCAGUCAUGCUAACGGCAUCCCAACCAGCCUCAGGCUAUAACACAUCUCUUCCCACGAGUCGUACACUACCGAGGAGACCACUUAGCAAGGAUGGUGACAAACAGGCCAUAUGGGUGCCCAUGCUCAACAGCGCCUCCAAAGGCAAAGACCUGAUAGAGAAACAACUCAUCGUGCUAGGUGGCACACCAGAUCAACAGCGCGAAUUUCUCGAACAAUCAAAUCCUCCUGAAAUCCGCCCUCGAUAUGCGAACAACGAUAGACGAAGACAGCCCCGGACAGCACCCAUAUCGAACCGUUACGCUUUGGGAUAUACGUACCACGACGUCCUGGACGCGGAUCAAGAAGAUGUCCUCGCAAGAAUGAAUGUCUACACUUUAGCCAACUCAACCGCCAACUUCGCACCACUGCUGAAGCCACUGUUCACGCCGAAGACAGUCAAAGACACAUUGAUCACCAUAUUAUUAGACUGGCAAGAUCCGCUCCGAUGGGCCCGACAAUUGAGACAAUGGAUUCGCCUGCUCAGAUCCGUCAUACUAAGUCUAGACGAGCAGACCAAGAUCGAAAUGGAGGAGGUCAUGACGGCGUGGAAAGAAAAGAGAGUCGGACCUGAUGCCCCCACAGGCUUGACAGCGGAGCAAAAGUCAAUGGCAGUAACAGUCCCAUUGGGCCCAGGUGAAUGGGACGAAGGGCUAGGAAUACCACUCGGUGUGGUCUGCGUGCAGGCGGAGAAGAUCGAGAAUCUAGAGCGGGAUCAGGGGUGGGGAGAAGACCAAUUCGACUUCUUGAUGCAGUGGCUGCGAUGUGUCCUGCUCAAGCAUGGCGCUUCUCUAGUAUACACAUCCACAUUCGAUCCCAAUAACGUCCGUACACUUGUCCAUUCGAGUCUCAGCAUCCACUCUCUCCUCAAGCGCGAAGUCGCCAAACACAACAUCGUCGAUCGAGACAAGAUCCUCAUUCCACCGAAUUGGGACUCCUGGGGCAAGAUCCGAAUCCUGAAAGACGGCUUCGACCCGGAAGCCGUAGGCACUGCAUGGGCCGUCGAGAUUCAGAGUCCCGCAGAACAGACGCUUGAUUUUGCAACUACGAAAGGUCAAAAAGCAGUGCAGACCGAGACCGAGACCGAAGCAGAAGCAGAGUCUCAAUCAGCAGUACUAGUCUACGAAUCCACGCUGCGCACGCCCGCCGACUCAAGACCAGCGUUCCAGCCGCGCACGCACGACGAGUCCGUAACAGUACCUCCCGUCCAGGAAUUUCUACAAGCGCAAUACGAGACGCUCGAGAAACUCAAGGCGGAAGACGAAAAGGCCGAGCGCAAGUCUCGCAAAGGGGCCCCUGCUCCAACUGGUGCUGGCACAGUCGACGCCGACGAUGAUAACAUCAAAGGCGUAUCCAACGCCAGAAUGGCAGAGCAUAUCGGACCGUACCAGAUCAAUGUCAAUGGCAUUGACUUUGACGCAGAAGAGGCGACGAGACGACUCAGGGAGCGCGAACAGGAGCGCGCUGCGGCUGCAACGGCUGAAAGAAGUCGUCCUUCUGUCGCGGCAAUCUCGGGCACCGGCACUGGUACGCCCAUGCGUCGGCAGGCCAGCGAUGUUGGUGGUGCUGCUGCAGGAGGAAAGGGCGGUGUACAAACUCCAUCGUCUGCUGCCGGUUCUGGGAAACAGAGUAAUCAGGCUGUGGCGGACUUCUUUGCCAAUCUGAUCAAGAAGGAUAAACGGGGUGGUGUGAGUGCCAGUGCUAGUCCAACUAGAGCUGGGAGCGGGAGUCCUCUUGUGCGCGGGCCAAGUACACCUGGAGCGGGUGGAGAGCAGAGGGGACGACAGCCGUGACGGGACAAGACGGUGCCUGGUGACACUCGACACCUUAGCACCCGUUUUGUGAGCAAGUCCUGUGCGUUUGUGUGAGUUGGUGGAUAGCCAUUUGAGCGUUCGAGCGUGUCACUGUCGUGCAAGCAAGGUGUUUAGCAGGGUAUUAAAAGGGUUCUAUCAGAACAAAACACCAGUCGUCCGUUGAGCCAAAGCCAAGUUCCUGGCGCAGUACGAUGUGUGAGCAGUGAUGUUCAUUCU